AUGGUGACACAUACUGUUUACCACCAGAAUAUCAACGAAAAUGUACGUGUCGAGCUUGUUUACGAGAAUUUUCCUGUAAUUGCGGGCACCGACGAGCUGUCGUUCAUUUUGCGCUUCCGAUACAUUGGACCUUUAAACAGCAAUAAUUCCCCGGCUAAAAACUCCAAGAAACAAGAACCCGACCCUCCGACCCAGAAUGAUGGCUGGUUUGGUGGCCGGCUAUCGUCUCAGUUUUCCAAUGCUACAAGACAGCUUUUCCUGCAACAGCUAGAUUCCAUGCCCGAAAAUGAAGAAGAGGAAGAUUUGUUCAAGGAUAUUUCCAUCUAUCUUGGUUACGUCCAAUUGUUUGGGUAUUACUCCAUCAACGACCGCAUAAUCGAUGCUUCGAUCUUUGAAAACUUGCAGAAGUCGUCCACUUUCGAGGGGAAGCUGGCCGGAAUCAAUGGCCUGGAAAUCACGUUUGGUCAGCACAAAAAGGGCCUUUUAAACGGACUCACUACAUUAUUCCAGUCCGACAUCACCACAGACGAAAACACGCAUCUGAUUCCGCACUACUCCACCACACAGUCGAUUCUGUUCAGCGACCUGACUUUCAAGCCGUCUCAAUUAAACAAUAAUUCCACCUCCAACAAGCUCACGCGAAGCUUCUACGUCAACAUGAAACUGCCAAUGGACCUUCCGCCGUCGUUCCGGUCGGAGGCCGUCCAACUCAACUACAAUGUUAUCCUGGGAUAUCAAUUGGUCGAGAAGGACGGCUCGUUCUCAAACAAGACCAUGUUUUUCCCGUUAAAAAUUCAGCCAUACAUAGACAAAUUCGGAAGACAGCCGUACUUCCAUUUGGAAAGACCGCGGUUAAACCAGAGACCGAGCGCUCUGAAGAACGUGGAUCUAAACACGUCGGGAUCGACCGAAAUGGUGACGCGGUCCGUGAGAAGAUACUCGGAGCCUGACGUGAAGGCCAAACUGACGAAAAAACCAUCGGUCUCCAUAUUACCUGGAACGUUGGUUAGAAAGACUUCCGCUUUGAAUCUGGAGCCGCUAAGAUUGGGCCUCGCGACGAUAGACCUACAGGGCAAGCCUGGCGAGCUGCCGACGAGUUUCGACCUGGACAAGGAGCUGGAAGUGAAACAGUUUCUGGGUCUUUUGAAAGAUCUCAACGACAAUGACGUGAUGGAGAUUGUCAAGAUCCAGGAGAAUUUCGAAAAGAAGUACCACAACCCUGCCGAUCUGGAGCAGAGUCCGCGACAGAACCUGGUGAACAUUCUUGCCGACCAGCACAGUGUACAGAAGCACGAGUUUACAACCGACGACGACGUUGCUGACAUGGAGGGCCAGGUCCCUGUUCAACCGCAAACGAAGUACAUCGUGAAACAGGACCAUCUGCAGCUUGCAAACCUGACGUUAAGCAAAGAUCUCGUCAAGGUCGGAGACCACAUCACUGUGAGCAUUUCAUUCUUGGACCGCGAACUGGAGACAAAAGGAGUAGAGGUCCGACUAAUCAAAAAGCAGGUCCUCUACCGCGACGAGUACCUGAAACGAUACGAGUACAACGAGGUCUAUAAAGGGCUCAAGAGCGACAACUCCAUGGAGACCACUGUUUUCCACAAACUGGCCAGCACUUUCAACACAGAAAGACUGGACCUCAACUUACUGGUACCUGCGACUGUGGAGCCGCAGUUCCGAACAAACUUCUUUCAAGUGAAGUACCUGAUCCAGAUCAAGUUUGUGCUGUUGGACACGUUUAACAAGAUCCCCAAGCCUGACCAGCACGAGAACGGCGUUUCUCACGAUCGCAAGAACUUCGACCUUGUAUCGAUCUUCACCGACUAUAAAGGAUCCGUUCUGUAUCGCGGCGUCGACAGUAUUAGCAACGGGUUCGAGUUCACCGUUAGACUACCCAUCGUGGUGCUUCCGAGCUACGAAAACGAUAUCGCUCAGUAG